CGUAGAGUGGACGCGACUUUCAACGAAAUCAAACGUCUCCGGUUGCUUUGCAGACGCGUUGCUUCGUCUUUCCAUUCGGCGUACUGAGUUGAAUCCCAGACGUGUGAAUGUUGAAUCUUCCAUCUGAUCGAACUGAAGCCAAUAUCUUGGAUCUGCUCAUUAUACAUGAACAUAUAGACGCAAACAUUAUUGAUGGAGUUGUUGAAAGAUGAGAAAAAGAUGCUGAGUUGAACCAGUUGGAGUGGAUGGUCUGAGGAGAUCAGUUUCUUACGGAAUUCGAAUGACUUAAUACGCGUAGUUACUAGAGACCGAGUGAUCUCCAUUGUGCUUAUGAAGUGCUCCGGAAUGGUCGCCGGAGACGCCUUGUAGAUUCAUAAAUACGCGAUUUAGCUGGUUAUUGUCGCCGUACUUGGUAGCUGCUUAAUUGAGUGAAAUUAUCGGAUAAUUAGUGUACAGCACGAAUAAGGAAGUGAGAAUAAUGAAGUGGAAUAAGUUAUUGGGAGGCCUGUGGGCCAUGCCUUCGGUGCUCGUGCUUAUAGUGAUUCUGCAAGUGAUUUGUGUAUCAGCGCGAAUGUCGGGCUUCUACAUUGAUAAUGGAGUCGACCAGACAAUCAUGGAGGACGUUUUGGAUGAUGAAAGCAAACAUGCCGUGGAGCAUGAGAUCCUGGAAUUAUUGGGACUACCCGACCGACCGAAACAUAAACACGCUCGCCCUUCACUGAGGAAAUCGGCGCCGCAGUUUAUGAUCGACGUUUACAACAGAUUACUAAAAGAGGAAGGUGAAAAUGAAGGAUUGGGUCGAGUUGAAAGAAGUGCAGACUUUGAGGAGAAUUUAAUAACAGAUGCCGAUCAAAGAGCAAUUGACGACAGCGAUACCAUUAUGACUUUUUUGAACAAAAAUCAUCAUGUUUCUGAAGUCAGACAUGAGCGCGGUAGACGUUUAUGGUUCGACGUUUCCGAAGUUUCAAAAGAUCUUUCUUUAAUGAUGGCCGAAUUAAGAAUUUAUCAAAAUCCUGAAAAGGGUAAAUGGCAAGGGUCCGGCAAAACAUUUGUUAUAACAGCAUACACCAUUACUAAAGCGGAUGGUCAAAAAGAACUAGAAAUUCUCUCUUCAACAAACACCAGUUCGGAUUAUCAAGGAUGGCUUGAACUGAAUGUAACUGGAGGUUUGUCAAAGUGGCUUAUGGGUCCCAACGAGAACAAAGGAUUGUAUAUUGGAGCACAUGCUGUAGAUAGACCUGAGAAAGAAAUCAAAUUGGAUGAUGUAGGUUUGGUUAAUACAAAGGGUGAUGACCAAUACCAACCUUUCAUGGUUGGAUUCUUCAGUGGUCAAGAGCUAGUAAAACCACCAAGAAAAUCGCGCACUAAAAGGAAUGCCCCGAGACGAAAUAGAAAAUCAGAAAUGCGAAAUCCUUUCCAAGAACUGAAAAUGGAUGAAAAUACGAAAAAUUGUCAAAUACGAACGUUAUUUAUUCAUUUUAGGGAUUUGCAAUGGCAGGACUGGAUCGUAGCACCUGAAGGUUACGGAGCAUAUUACUGUAGUGGUGAAUGCAAUUUCCCUUUGAACGCACAUAUGAAUGCAACAAACCAUGCAAUUGUACAGACAUUGGUGCACUUAAUGCAACCAACUAAAGUGCCGAAACCGUGCUGUGCCCCUACAGCGUUAAGUCCAAUAUCGGUUUUAUAUUAUUUGGAAGAGGACAACGUAGUAUUAAAAAAGUAUAGAUAUAUGGUAGUGAAAAGUUGUGGCUGUCAUUAAUUUUAAGAGAAUAUUUUACAAAAUAAAAUGCUUUGCAUGAAUCUGAAUG